GCUGAGGCCGAGGAGGUAUUAUUAGUGACCUAAAUUCGAACGUGUCACACUAUCAGCCUGGCAGUAAACACAACCUGCUGAUCUUAUCUCAAUGGUUUUCCUCAUAUAUAAUGGCCUCUUCCAUCAUAUCUGGCACUAAGAACCUUUUCCGAAAAUCCACGAAAGUCAAAGAACAAACCAUGUACACCGAGGCCAACACUGACUCGGAACCCGUAACAUUGAUUGUCGUUGGAUGUGGCCAAAGAGGGAAAGCCUAUGGAAAAUAUGCCCUUCAAUCAGAUGCCUGCCAAGUCGUUGCCAUCGCAGAGCCUAGACCUCAAACGAGAAAUAUGUACGCUGAGCAACAUAAAGUAGAUCCAACUCUGGUGUUCGGAACGUGGAAGGAUUUACACGCUGCCUCAGCAGAUACUAUCAAUACUGUUGGGAAAAGACUUGCAGACGCGGUCCUUAUCGCGGUGCAAGAUCAUAUGCACGUAGAGGUCGCUUUAGCCUUCGCGGAGCAAGGGUACCAUAUUCUCUGCGAAAAACCUAUGGCGACUACCAUGGAAGAUUGUAUCAAGAUAGAAGAGGCAAUCAACAGAGCGGGCAUUAUUUUUGGAAUGGGUCACGUCAUGCGUUAUUCCCCUUACAGUCAAGAGAUAACCAAGAUUGUGCAAUCUCAAACCCUAGGACAACUAAUAAACCUCGUUCAAGUUGAACCAGUUGGAUAUUAUCACUUCGCCCAUUCAUAUGUUCGAGGAAACUGGAGCAGCGAAAAAGAAAGUUCUUUCGCGUUGAUGACUAAGUGUUGUCAUGACAUCGAUAUUAUUUGUCAUUGGAUGAGUCCGUCACCUCCGGUCAAAGUAUCUUCGUUCGGGUCCCUCCGACACUUUCACCACAGAGCCAAACCAUUAGAUGCAGGUGAUGCAACACGCUGCUUUGAUUGUGCGAUAAGGAAUGAUUGUCCAUACAGUGCUAAACGAAUUUACCUGGAUUCUGUUUCUCGCGGAAACACUGGUUGGCCUGUGUCCACCCUUGUCGAUGGCAUCCCAGAUAUUGAAAACAUCACUGCCGCAUUGAAGGUAGGCCCGUACGGACAAUGCGUUUAUGAAAGCAAGAACGACGUUUGCGACAAUCAAAUAGUCAACCUUGAAUUCGAAAACGGUAAUACUGCGUCCUUCACCAUGGUUGCGUUCACUAGUGCUAUCUGCGAACGUCAAUUGCGCAUGCAUUUUACACACGGAGAAAUUGUGGGAGACAUGAACAAGUACACUGUCACUGAUUUCAGGACUAACAAGACAAAGACUUUUCAUCCAGCGAACGAGGGUGGUGGGCACGGAGGAGGUGAUAUAGGAUUGAUAAGGACGUUCGUCGAAGCUGUGAGAACGGGCAAUCAGAAGCUCUUGGGUACGGACGUUGGUGAGGUCUUGAAGAGUCAUAUGACUGUAUUCGCUGCGGAGGCGAGUCGGAGGGAAGAAAAAGUGGUCAACUGUGUAGCGUUUGAGGAAAAGGCAAGGGCUUCUGUGCGGGAAACGCGUGUACAAACUGUCCUACGCUGACCCCUUUCUAAAUCUUCCUAAUUGAA